GGCCAGCCUGGUCUUCUUGGUUAUCAGGGCCCCCAGGGGCCUCCAGGACAUCUAGGGGAGCCAGGAGUCCAGGGAGUCCAGGGAGAGAAGGGCGACCGGGGCAGAGGAGGCUUCAUCGGCCCCAAGGGUGCUGUGGUGAGGAACACUGACUGGAGAAUUAUUCUCUAGAGAUCUCAGACACUGGCCUAGUAUUGUCCACUCAUCAAGUGUUGGUAUGGACUUAUAUACAGUAAGUGUUUUUCCUUUCUCCGCAGGGGAUGACUGGUGUUCCUGGGUUUUCCGGGUCGGACGGUAUUCCUGUAAGUGGGAUUGAGAUGUUGCUCUCCAAAAACACAUAAAUAACAGACACACACGCCAAAAAAAACAUCUGUUGUUGCUUUGUUUAUACUUUAAGAAAUCUUUAUACAACGUGUACUGAUGUUGUUAAGGGUCUGUCAUUAACUCCUCCAUGUCAUCAUCCAGGGCCACCCAGGACAGGCUGGGCCUCGUGGAACACCUGGAGCAGACGGGUGCAACGGAACACACGGAGACUCAGGGUUGGCAGGGCAACCAGGCUACGAUGGCCAGCCCGGGUAUAAAGUAUGUAUGAUCCCAGUUGAUGUCACCAGAGAUGUUUGUGGAGACAGAAUCAAGGUUUCCACCUUGUAGCCUGAGACAUUGAAUAACUUCCUUUCCUUCCUUUUUUCUCUUUUAAUUGUCUACCCAUCCCCCUCUCUCUCCGUCUCUCUCCACAGGGUCAGGCGGGCAGGAAGGGCCAGAAGGGAGACACUCUGGAGCUGAGUGUGUUCAUGGAGCGCUUCAGGGUGAGAGGAGAGGGCUGGAGGACUGUGGGAUAGACUUGAUAUAGUAUUACAUACAGUAGUAUCACCUCAGAGCGCUGUAUGACCUCUGUGUCCAUAGUACAGGCUGUUUUAAAUGGUACAUCAUGCCAGUUGGGCCAGUAACCGAAAGGUCGCUGGUUAAAAUACCCUAGCCGAUAAGGUGAAAAAUCAGUCGAUGUGCACUUGAGCAAGGCACUUAACCCUAAUUUGCUCCAGGGGCGCCGUACUACUAUGGCUAACCCUGUAAAACAGAACAUUUCACUGCACCUAUCCGGUGUAUGUGACAGCUUUUCGCGUGGCGCCGACUGGUAAGACGCUUCAGGAGGGUGGUCACGUGUGCUAGCAAGGCAGAGGUCCCGAGUUCGGGCCAGGUAUGGGACGAAUCGGGAGGAAAUGGUACUCGCUAAGCAAGCAGUGUGAUGUCGUUUACUGUGGUGCCGUGAUCCGGAUCUACAGUUGCGCUCAGCUCAACGCUGGAGUCGCUGUUGAGUAAGUUUGAGGGGUGAUUGUAGCACAUGAGGAUGUGUGCAACUUACUCCUCAGCCUGAAGUGUCCCCACUUGCUCCAGAGAAUAGCUAGAUUUCCGUGUGGCGCCAACUGGUAAGACGCUUCAGGAGGGUGGUCACGUGUGCUAGCAAGGCAGAGGUCCUGAGUUCGGGCCAGGUAUGGGACGAAUCAGGAGGAAGUGGUACUCGCUAAGCAAGCAGCGUGACGUCCUUUACACACACAUAUGAUGUACUCUUGUACUCUACAAACAAACAACCUCUUCUCUCUGUGUGACUUUUCUACAGGGAGAUUCAGGGCAGCCUGGAUAUCCUGGAAUAGUUGUGAGUAUGGCGCCGCCGCCUUUCCCUGUCACUUAAAAGUUCUGGUACAAGAUAGCCAGCAUAUUAUACUAUUGAUAUACUACAUAUUAUAAAUGGAAUUGCGCUCUGACAUUCUCUCAUUGUCAAUCCUCCCUUCUCUCUCUCAGGGUCCUCAGGGUUACCCAGGUCGGUCUGGCUACAGAGGACUCCCAGGACCACAGGUUAGCAGUGUGUGUGUGUGUGUGUGUGUGUGUGUGUGUGUGUGUGUGUGUGUGUGCGCGCAUGCGAAUGCGUUGCUGUACCUUAUACCGUAUAUACACUUCUGUGACAUACAGUACUAGAUACCUAAUCAUUCUUCUGGUUUGUCUCAGGGCCCACCAGGGUUUCCUGGCCUUCCUGGGCCAAAGGUAAGAUCCUAACAUGCACCAGCUAAUUGGGAAUAUGUUUAAUCUCUCGUACAAAAUACAUGGCUAGUGAAUGAGAUAAACGUAAUUCUAAGGAUGUGUUUUAACCUGGUGUGUUUUCUGCUCAGGGCACCAUGACCAAAGUGUUGAAGGGGGUCAAAGGAGAAGUUGUGAGUAGCUACAGGCACUUUUAUUAGAUUUUUUAUUUAGUUUUUACUGCCCAGCACUACAAAAAAGUAUGAUUUGUCAAUGAUGUCCUCAUCUCUGCUGCAAUUUUAUCACUGCACUUCCCUCUCUGGCCACAGGGUGACGCUGGAGAGCCUGGUCCUCAAGGGAAUUCCACCCAUUCCCAGACACGCCCAUUUACUGGACCCAAUGUCAGUACAGCUCCACACUCCACUUUAAUAUGUUCAAAAACAUACAAUUAAUAUGGAUGUUUUCCCAGUGAUUUUGAUUGUGUGUUGACUGAAUCACUCUAAUGCAGUUCUGCUCUGACUCCUCCAGGGGAGAAAGGGUGAGAAAGGGUUAAAAGGUGAUACUGGUCCUGAGGUAAGUGACCUCUCUUCUCCUGUGGUCUUUAUUUUACAUUUACAUUUAAGUCAUUUAGCAGAUGCUCUUAUCCAGAGCGACUUACAAAUUGGUGCAUUCAACUUUUUUUUUUUUUAUGGGGGGGACACCAUGCACCAUCCUAACAUGUGUAGUCACAAUGGGACAUGUUAGCGCUGUAGAUUAUUGUUGACUAACUCAUCUCUUUUACCUGUUUCUUAUCAGGCUGACAACAAAGGAGAGACUGGUGUUAUGGGGAUGCCUGGGCAACGGGUUAGUAUCAUACAAACAUUAUACAUACAUUAUACUGUAUGCAUUGCUCAUAAACUAUUAUAAAUACAGAUGAAUCUGCCCUAUUGAUCCUGUCAUUGCUUGUGACAUACUGACCUGUUUAAUGUUUAUGUGUGUUCUUUCAGGGAGUCCCUGGUCGGGAUGGAGAGCAAGGACUGAGGGUAAGUGUGUGUAGCCAAACAAUGCCAACACCUCUAUAUAGCAGUGGAGGCUGCUGAGGGGAGGACUGCUCAUAAUAAUGGCUGGAAUGGAGUAAAUGGAAUGGUAUCAAACAUUGAUACCAUUCCAUUCACUCCAUUCCAGCCAUAACACACCGUUCCAGCCAUUAUUAUGAGCCGUCCUCCCCUCAGCAGCCUCCACUGAAAUAAUUACACUAGAAUGUUUUGGUGUUUGCAUAGGUUUGUAUGGACCAAUAGAGGUGUUGCAGUUGCAUCUUCUGUCCUCUUGGUGGUGCUGUUGAACACUUUGUCUAACUAGCCCCCUUCACUCGCCCCUUCAACUCCCUCUCUAUUCAUUCUCUCUCUCUCUCUCUCUCUCUCUCUCUCUCUCUCUCUCUCUCUCUCUCUCUCUCCUCUCUCUCUCUCUCUCUUCUCUCCUCGCUCUCUCUCUCUCUCCUCUCUCUCUCUCUUUCCCCUCUCUCUCUCUUCCCCCCCCUCUCUUCCCUUCUCUCUCUCUCUCUCUCUCUCUCUCUCUUCCUAUCUCUCUCUCUCCAGGGGGACCUGGGAGAACCAGGACUGAGGGGCAGAGAUGGUGAAAAGGUGAUCCUAUCAGAGCUUUGAGAGACACUAGUCCAUUCUAAACUUUCAUUCAUAUCCUUACACACAUAUAGUAGGUUUUAACAGAUUGGUGUUGUGGCUUUUAGGGUGCCAGAGGAGAACCAGGAGAGCUGAUCUAUUAUGAUGGUCCCUCAGGAGGGCGGGACAGAGGUAUGAUUAACCAAUCGACUCAUCAAUCACUUUUCUAUCACCGUGUCAAUCUUCAUUCCAGCCAAUCAGCUACACUCUCAACAAGUCUAUCAAUAUACAGUAUUGUCUUACUCCAGGUAGUCAACCUUUCAUUGAAUAUGAUGUUGAACAUUAAAAGCAAUCUGUUGAGUUUUUAUAUUAUGUUUCACACUGUUAUAUUGUUAUAACACUGAUUGUUAUAUAGAUAUUGAUUUGUGUCCAUUUUGGGGUUGGGGUGGGUGGUGUAGUUGGUCCCCCUGGUCCUCCUGGACAGCUGGGUCCCCAGGGCCAGAGGGGUCUGCAGGGGGAGAAAGGUCUUCCAGGCCGCGCUGGACCUCCUGCUAGGAAGGAUCAUGAUCAACAACAAGGUCAGUACCAAACCCUCACUUAUCCAGUCAGUGGUCCGUAGUGUUACCUAGCUAGUAGAUUUGUCUACUGUACUUGCUAUAAUGUUAUAAUAACAAUUAAAACUCUAUUGUUAACAAGUCUUAAAACAAGAUGAUGUAUGUCGUAGUUGUGUUUUGUGUUUUUCAAACGUUUGAUUUCCUCAGUAAUCAUUCAUCCUCUCCUAUGUCCCUCAUCAUGUGGUCCUCUGUAGCUCAGCUGGUAGAGCACGGCGCUUGUAACGCCAAGGUAGUGGGUUCGAUCCCCGGGACCACCCAUACACAAAAAUGUAUGCACACAUAACUGUAAGUCGCUUUGGAUAAAAGCGUCUGCUAAAUGGCAUAUUAUUAUUAUUAUCAUCUAUGUUCCAACAGUGCUGGAUCUGUGGGGUCCGUUCGGAGAGCCAGGGGUAAAGGGAGAGAUGGGCGCACCUGGAGAGCUUGGUAUCCCUGCCCUCAGCCCCGGACCCCCAGGUAUCAACGGCCUGCCUGGGCUCAGGGGCCCACCUGGACCACCAGGAUCAUGUGAGUGUGGACAUGAAACAGAUUCAUUUUGAUAUUUUAUUAAAAUGUUAUAUAGGAUGAUAUUUAAAGUAACUGUCCAGUGUUUCCAGAUUUCUAUGAAAGAUGACAUAUCAUUAAUUACAAUAUGAGUGAAAUAGUUGUCCUUCCAAAAUGUUUUUAAUUAAGUAUGUUAAAAAGUACAUUACUUUAAAUUUGGUGAAUCUCUUAUACAAUGGGUUAAAGUUAUUUACAGCAACCCCAGAUGUACAAUUGUAAAUAAUGGUUACUUCUCAGAAAGUAUUGAGCUUUUAAAGAGGAGUAAAACAAGGCUGUCCGUUGUCUCCAUAUCUAUUUAUUAUGGUCAUUGAAAUGCUAGCUAUUAAAAUUAGAUCCAACAAGAACAUCAAGGGGUUAGACAUCCAGGGGAUAAAAACAAGUGUCAUUGUAUGCCGAUGACUCAAGUUUUUCUUAAAUCCGCAAUCUGGAUCCCUGCACAGUCUCAUUGAAGCUCUUGAUCACUUUUCUAGCCUCUCUGGACUAAAACCUAAUUAUGACAAGUGUACCAUAUUACGUAUCGGAUAGUUAAAAGACACAGUGUUUACACUACCUUGUAGUUUACCAAUACAAUGGGUGGAUGGUGAAGUAGACAUACUUGGCAUUCACAUCUAAAAAUAUAUAAAUGAACUUACCACAAUCAAUUUCAAUAGAAAGUUUGCAAAAAUAGAUAAGAUUCUGCAACCAUGGAAAGGUAAAUACUUGUCUAUUUAUGGAAAAAUCACAUUGAUUAACUCUUUGGUCUUAUCACAGUUUACUUACUUACUAAUGGCACUGCCUACUCCAGAUGACUCGUUUUUUAAGUCAUAUGAGCAACAAAAAAUAUAUAUAUAUAUUUGGAAUGCUAAGCCAGACAAAAUUAAAUGUGCCUAUUUAUAUAAUGAAUAUGAGUUUGGGUGGCUAAAAUUAUUAAAUAUUAAAGCUUUAAACCUCUCACUAAAAGCUUCACUCAUACAUAAGUUAUACUUAAACCCCAAAUGGUUCUCCAGUAGAUUAUUAAGAAAGGCUCAUCCUUUGUUCAAAAAUGGCCUUUUUGCCUUUAUACAGAUUACAACUUCUCAUUUCUGACUAAUUGAAAAUGAAAUUUUGUUUAAAGUAUCGCCUUUUCGUAAACAAGCCAUACAAGCUGGUUAUAAUUUCAGUUUUAUCCUCCAGAAAGAUAGAACAAAUACUACAACAAAUGUUAUGGUUAAACUGAAAUAUACUGAUUAAUAGAAAACCAUUCUUUAUUGUUUUUCUUUUUACAAUUGGUAUCAUAUUUAUUAAUGAUAUUAUGACUAGAAACGGUGGAGUUAUGUCACAUAUGCAGCUAUCGAAAAUAUAUGGGAAUAUCUGCUCAAUCCAAAUUUACAACCAACUGAUUGCAGCAUUACCACAAAAAUGGUAAGUGGAAAAGGGAGAAGGUAGGGAACUUGUUUGCCUGCCAUAUAUUAAAGAUACAAAUUGGCUGAAAGGAUUUGGUAUAAAUAGAAAAAUAUACCAGUUUCAUUUGAGGACAAAAAUGUUGACAGCUGCGCCAUAGAGGUUGCACAAUAAAUGGGAAGAGAUUUUCGAUGUACCGAUUACAUGGCACAUGGUUUAUGAACUGGUACAAAAAACAACACUUGAUUCAACACUUUGAGUUUUUCAAUUUAAAUUAUUAUAUACAAUUCUUGCCACCAACAGAAUGCUAUAUAUAUGGGGCAUACCACAAUCUCAGCUCUGUAGAUUUUGCUGCGAAGAGACAGAAUCACUAGAUCAUUUAUUCUGGUAUUGCCCCUAUGUAGCUUGUUUCUGGUCACAGGUCCAGCAAUGGUUAAAAAAUCACAACAUUCACUUAAAAUUAACCUUACAAAUAGCAGUGUUGGGCGAUUUGGAAAGCCAUAUUCAGUCAAUAAAUAAUAUAAUAAUACUCAUAAGAAAGGUUUUCAUCUUUAGCUCACAAUCUGUGGAUACUAUACGAUUAGAAAGGUUCAAAAUGUAUAAAAUAUAUGGCACAUGGAAACCAAAUGAGGGUGGUCUAUGGUGAUAGGUGGGAUGGGCUGAGAGUGGCUGAGGGGUGGGAUUAAAGAGUUUAUGUUUGGUAAUGUAUUAUUGUAAUGUGACUGCUUUAUAUAAAAGUACCAUGUAUGUAAAAUGUGUAUGUAAAAUGUAUGAAUAUGUAGCAGAAAAGCUGUAAAAAAAUAUAUAUAUAUUUGUCCUCUGAAGAGGGGGGUAGUGGAUGGGUUAAUCAUUUUAAAAAAGAUUUUAAAAAAAGUAGCUUUCCUGUGUUUGAAUGGUGUGGGCAUACACCGACAACAGAAAGGUGUGGGCGUACACCGACAACAGAAUGGUGUGGGCGUACACCGACAACAGAAAGGUGUGGGCGUACACCAACACCAGAAAGGUGUGGGCGUACACCAACACCAGAAAGGUGUGGGCGUACACCAACACCAGAAAGGUGUGGGCGUACACCAACAACAGAAAGGUGUGGGCGUACACCAACAACAGAAAGGUGUGGGCGUACACCAACAACAGAAAGGUGUGGGCGUACACCAACAACAGAAAGGUGUGGGCGUACACCAACACCAGAAAGGUGUGGGCGUACACCAACAACAGAAUGGUGGGGGCGUACACCAACACCAGAAAGGUGUGGGCGUACACCAACACCAGAAAGGUGUGGGCGUACACCAACACCAGAAAGGUGUGGGCGUACACCAACAACAGAAUGGUGUGGGCGUACACCAACAACAGAAAGGUGUGGGCGUACACCAACACCAGAAAGGUGUGGGCGUACACCAACAACAGAAAGGUGUGGGUGUACACCAACACCAGAAAGGUGUGGGCGUACACCAACACCAGAAAGGUGUGGGCGUACACCAACAACAGAAUGGUGUGGGCGUACACCAACAACAGAAUGGUGUGGGCGUACACCAACAACAGAAUGGUGUGGGUGUAUACCAGUAAAUCAAAAAUAUUAAUGAGAGUAGAUCGCUGAUUGGCUAGCUCAGCCAAUGAGCCGACAUCUUGUUCUAUGAGGAAAUAGCAAGCUUUUUCUAAACGGUCUGUUUGAGAUACAUGUUUGAGGUGGCGUUUCUAAGUGUUUUUUUCCCCUCCAAUUUAUGCUUUGGCCACAAAUACAAGUAUAGUCAAAAAAAUUAUUUGGGAGUUAACAGAAUAUUAACUUUUAAAAGUAAGAUUUUUACUGGACAGUUACUUUAAGGAUUGUUGUGGGGUGUGAGUGUAUGUCUCAACAUGUGUUUGUGUGCUUUUCUGUGUCUAAAUAUCUGCAGGGGCGGACUUCUACAAGGGAUUUGCAGGGCCGAGAGGGCGGCCAGGCUCUGCGGGAAGAAAAGGACUGAAAGGUGUGUGUACACAACAUAAUGUACAUUUUUGCAGUAUGAUCACACGUUAUGUGGUACAGUAUAGCUGACCGGAAUGCGUGUGUUUUAGGUGAUCACGGGUUGUGCGAGUGCAACAUUGUCCACUCCCCGCCGGGCCUGCCCGGCCCUGCUGGUAGCCAAGGCGACCCUGGAAUGAGUGGCGAGGUUGGUCAGCAGGGAGAGUCAGGAGAGCCAGGACCCUCAGGUGUCAUCGGACUGCCUGUAAGAACAACUAACACCACCUUAUCUUGACAACAUCUACCUCACAACAAACAUGCACUCACUCACACACCCACACAGACAGACAUACGCACACAAACACAAACACAAACAUACACAUAUACAUUAAUGCUACACACACAUCACAACUGCUGCUACCAGACUCUUAUUAUUAUUGCUAAAUAAUGUACAAUUUAAACACUUGCCCCCCAAUCCCCCCUUUCCCAAAACACGUGUAAAUAUUGGACUAUAAAUUGUAUUUUUUUUAUAUACUGAUGCUAAAAUGUUUAUUCUAUUCUACUGAGCCAUUUACUUUAUGUUCGUAUUCUUCUUUUUUAUUAUUUCUUGUUGUCGAGAAGGUAGCUGCAAGUAAGCAUUUCGUUGGACGGUGUAUACCAUGUGUAUCCCGUACAUACAACUAAUAAAACUUGAAACUUACAAUAGGGCAACAUUCAUCAUAAACACCAUUGUCUCUUAACUUGUCCAUCAACUUAUCUCUCACUGGCUUCCUAAUCCCUUACUCUAUGCCCCCCUCUCUCCCUCGUCCUCAGGGGUUCCCUGGUGCCACAGGACAACCGGGUCCAAAGGGCAGGAAGGGCGAGUUCACUCAGGCCAAAGAGAAAGGUGGAGUAUUCUUAUUCACUUUCUUUUCACACACUUGUACACCCUUUAUACAGUGGUGAGUGUGAGACACCAUUAUGCAUGUAAGUCACUGGAGGUUGGUAGAACCUUAAUUGGUAAUGACUGGAGCGGUAUCGGUGGAACGGUAUCAAAUACAUCAAACACAUGGUUUCUAUGGGUUUGAUGCCAUUCCAUUCACUCCGUUCCAGCCAUUAUUAUGAGCCGUUCUCCCCUCAGCAGCCUCCACUGAUGUAAGUGUAUGUGUAAACUAGUGUGUUUGUGUGUGAACUCUACAGGAUAUGCCGGUGACUCAGGAGACCCAGGUGCAACAGGUGACCCAGGAUUGCAGGGCUUCCCUGGGCCCAGUGGGAUCAAUGGAUUCCCUGGGAGUCGUGGUCCUUCAGUAAGAACCCGCUACACUCAUCAAAAGAAACGCGCUACCUAGAACCUAAAAGGGUUCUUCGGCUGACCCCAUAGGAGAACCCUUUGAAUAAUCAUUUUUGGUUCCAGGUAGAACCUUUUUGGUUCCAGGUAGAACCCUUUGCACAGAGGGUUAUACCUGGAACCAAAAAGGGUGCUCCUAUGGGGACAGCCGAAGAACCCUUUUGGAACCCUUUUUUCUGAGUGUACAGUCUCUCUUUCCCACCUCAUAGUGUCACCACUUACGUUCAGAUAUACUGCAUAUACUGUAUAUAACCUAUUCAAACAUUAUAAGCACUAGAUAUCUACUUGAUUUUGUUCUUGAUAAAACUGUUUAAGCCAAUGCAGGUGUGUAGAUCUUUAGCAUAACACUGAGGGAUAUGUUCUCUGUUCUAGGGGGAUGCACCUGCUGGGCUCACUGGAGAAAAAGGUUAUCCGGGCCGGCCGGGUCUGCCUGGGUUGUUGGGACAGAUGGGAGAACCAGGACGCGUUCUAGGUGCGACUAAAGGGGUCCGAGGGUUGCAAGGCGAUGAUGGGGAGCGAGGUCAAGCUGGUAUCGAAGGUCGAGCUGGAGAUCCAGGUGUGUUGGGAAAAGAGGAAGUCUCGCGGCUCUUCCUCCCCCGCGCUCUUCCGCCUCCUCCCUCCGCUCCUCUUCUCCCUAUUUCUUUCCCUCUCCGCUCAUCGUCGGGAGCCCGGAGCGAUCAUGGCGCUCGGGCUUAGCGGCAUGCCGUGACUCACGCGGCCCCCCCGACUUUGCAAAUCACAUCAAAAUGACUCUUCUCCAAUUCUCUAAUCUCGUCAGCUCACCCCCGGCUCAUCUUCUCCGGAGGAAAAUUCUAUCCCUCGCUUUCCACAAUAAAUAUGAAAUCUCCCCAAGGAGCAUUCCAAAAGAGGUGACUUUUCUCUAUCUCUUCCCCUUUUCUCAAACCCCACUCUCUCAUCUUCCCCCCCGGCCUUCCAAUCCCUGCUCACAUCUCUUACCGCAAUCUCUGACUCCUCUCUUUCCCCCCCUCUCUUCUCUCUCCUCAUCUUGCCAAUCCACUUGACUCCUUCCAAUCUGCCUCCCCCCGCUCUUCCAAGCACUCUGACUAGCAUCUCUUCUCUCUAUCUUCUCACUGUAUCUUUCCCAAUCACUGACUCACCUCUUUCUCUCCUCUUCUCUCUCUCUCUCUACUUCGCUUUGCUCUCUCUAGAUCUCAGCUCUCCUCUCUUGGGGAAUCCGCUAACUGACUCGCUCCCCUCCCAAACGCGGCGCUGCUCUAGCUCUAACCGAAUCACUCUGACCAUCUCUCUCAUCUCUUCAAAUCUAUUUUCCUCUCAAGAUCUUACCCUCUUUGCCCCUCGGGUUUGCUUUAAUCAGGAUCUCUCUCCUGCCUUUAUUCAUCCCCCUCUCUCUCCCUCUCUCUCGCUUUCCAAUCCUCUACUCCUCUCUCUCUCUCUCCUCUCUCUCCCUCUCUUUCCCAAUACUAACUUUCUCUCCCCCCUUCCCCCCCCUCCUCCUCCCUUUCCCCUUCCCCCUUUCCCUCUCCCCCCCCCCCCCCCCCCCCUCUCCUUCCCUCCUCCCUUUUUUCUCUCCCCUACUUUCCCAAACACCGACCCUUUCUCCUCUCUUUCUUCUCUCUCUCUCUCUCUCCCCUCUCUUCUCUUCUCCCCUCCUUCCCUAUCUAUCCUUUUCCCCCUCCUCUCUCCUCCUCUCUCUCUCUCUCCUCUCCCCCCCUCUUUCCCAAUCACUCUGACUUUCUCUCCUCUCCUCCUUUUCCCUCCUCUACCCUUCUCUCUCUCCCCUUUUCUUCUCUUCUUUUCUCUUCUCUUUCCUCCUCCUCCCCUCCCCUUUUCUUUUCUCUCCCUUCCCUUUUUUUUUUUUCCCCCCCCCCCCCCCCCAAAACCCCCCCCCCCCCCCCCCUUUUUUUCCCCCUUUUCCCCCCCCCCUUUUAAUUUUUUUUUUUUUUUUUUUUUUUUCCCCCCUUUGUUUUUUUUUUUUUUUCCUUUUUUUCUUCUUUCUUAAAAAAAAAAAAAACCCCCCCCCCCCAAAGGGGGGAAAAAAAAAAGUUUAAAAAGGGAAAAAACCCCAAAAAAAACCCCCCCCCCCCCCCUUUUUAAAAAAAAAAGAAAAAAAAAGGGCCCCCCCUGGGAAAAAAAAAGAAAAGAAAAAAAAAGGGGGGGGGGGGUUUUUUUUUUGGGGGGGGGGGCCCAAAACAAAAACCCUUUUUCAAAAAAAAAGGGGGGGGGGGAAAAAAAACCCCACGAACUGAGUAAUCAUCUCUCUCUAUCGACACGUACUAGUAUAUCUCAUAAAAAACAUCCCUGAAUGACUUAAAUAAUCUACUAUAUUAUUACUAAUAUAAUAGACUCUUUUUUCUCUCUCUCUUUACUCCCACCCAAUAUCUGACUCUCUUCUCUUCAUCCUCCUCUCUCUACCAUAUCGUCUUACUACUUACAAUCACUCUACUCUAUCUCUCUCUCUCUCUCUCUUAUCUCUCAUCUCUCUCCCUACAAAUCUCUUUCCCAAUCACUCUGACUCUUCUCUCUCUACUAUCUCUUUCCAAUAUACGACAUUAUUCAUAUCUCUUCUUUUUUAUCUCUCUGCUCAUUUGCAAUCACUUCUCUCUCUCUCUCUCUUCUCUCUCUCUCUCUUCUCUCUCCUCUCUCUCUCUCUUCUCUCUCUCUCUCUCUCUCUCUAUCUUCUCUCUCUCUCUCUCUCUCUCUCUCUCUCUCUCUCUCUCUCUUUCCCAAUCACUCUGACUCAUUCUCUCUCUCUCUCUCUCUCUUUCUCUCUCUCUCUCUCUCUGUCUCUGUCUCUGUCUCUGUCUCUGUCUCUGUCUCUGUCUCUGUCUCUGUCUCUCUCUCUCUCCCCUUUUAUCUCUCUCUCCACUUCCGCUAUUUGUGGGGACAACAGAAAGACUAGUUGUAGUUGUACACUCCAAGGCUUUGUAAUGAAUGGGGGUGUGCGAGAAAUUAUACUUCCACUUUCUUCUUUCCUCACCUCUCUCCCCAGACGAGCCCAGUUGCAGUCCAUCUGCAUCCCUCAAACCAGCCACAGCAGUACUUGUUUGAGAUCAUGCUUUAAAAAUUUUCCAACACUUAUUUCAAAUGCCUCUCUUUUUCUUUCUAUCUCUUUCUCAUUGCCAUUGAAAGGAGUGUCUGGCUGUAGUCCGAGAGGAGAUGGAGAACAGAAUGACAUCACAGGUAGCUGGACUAACAGCAUUUUAAUCAAGUUACUCUACUUCACGAUUGGUGUUUUGCUUCCAUAGCCUUUGUGUCUUGGGUUAGCUUACAGUCACUGUGUAUAGAGUUAGAGUUUUUUACUGGUGUAUUAGUAACUGUUUUUUCCCCUCAUAGUCUCAUCUUCGGUUAGUUGGCUAAUAUGUAUGUUAUUUAAUUUUUGCUAUGCUCUGAUUCACAAUCCACACUGACCAUUCUUAUAGUAAUUGUUGAUACAAUUGUUAUUUUUUUACUCAGGCGAUUGUGAUGCCUUACCCGGACCACCCGGUAUGCCAGGACCACCAGGACCCCACGGGUUAGAGGGUUUCCCAGGUAACGUUUCCUGAAGGUUCCUUUUAAGCUUUUAGAAUGCAAAACAGAAAAUGUGUCAUAUGCUCUGUCUUUUCCUGUCAAGAACCAAAUUGAUGUCUAGCUUCCUGCAUGUUCUUUUGUCUGUGCUUCAGGUCUCCCAGGUCAGAAAGGAACAACAGGUCCACUUGGAGAUGAGGGGGCCAAAGGAGAGAUAGGAGAGCAAGGCAGAGGAGGGUCACCUGGAUAUCCAGGUGAUCAUUUUGCUGCUUUAACUGUUAUACUAGUCUAUGGCUGUGUUUACAAUGGCGAAAGAGCUGAUCUGAUUGGUCAAAAGACCAAUUACUGGAAAAAAUGAUCAGAAUUAGGCUGCCUGUGUAAACGCAGCCUUUUUGCGCUAGUUACAGACACUUAUACCAUGGCAUUGUUGAAUACUCAUUUCUGAUUGGCUUGAAGGGCAUUAUAAAGCAUGCUUUAUACACAUAGCAUCACAGCAGAUCACAGGUACAUUUACUCCCACUUGUAAUGGAUGCACUUGUACAAUAGGCCUAGGGACCGAUUCAGACUUAGAACAUUUACGUGUUUCCUUUCCUACGCACUUCUCAGUAUUUGGUAUUCAGACUUACCUUAUUCAGUCACAUAACACGCUCUGCAGGUGUGGCUACCUUGCGAACCCGUUUGCUGGCCAACAGAUUUUCUUAUGGAGUUUUCAUUCAAUAGGGUUUUCAGUACAUUUAUCUUAAGCCAUCCCUUUAAAUACGGUGUACCUUUUAGUUAGAAUUUUGUAGACAGACUACAAUAUAUCGAGAGAACAGGUUCAGAAUAUUAGGGAUCAGUGAAAGAAAGACAUCUAAAUAUAUUCAUAUUCGUCUCUGUUUCAGCACCAAUUGGUACAUUUUAAAAUACUCUGAUCUUGUAGAUUAUUUAGGGUUAGGAAAGUAUUUAUUAAUCAUAAAAAACAGGUUUGGAGACACUUUAUGCAGAAGAUAUAUUGAUGAAUAAAAAAUACAGUGGUUUGAUUCAUCCUGAAAGUUGCCAUAUUCAGUUCUUCAACCCAUGGUAAUGUUGGAAGAUUAGUGUAGAUAUAAUUAUAAUAGGGAGAAUAGUGUAAAUGAGUAGGCUAUACCCUUGUCUAUCGGGUUGAAACUGUUACAGCUUGGUCUGCGCUCCGCUCCGUAACGAUUUCAUUAGCGUACAUGUCUUUUUUAUAUAGAUUAUCAGCUGUUACUAAUGAUUCUUAGCAACAACCGCAUUUCAUAUAUACAAUGUAUAUAGUAUGUAUAAGCAUGAAGUAGAGGCCUAAGCAUUGUUGUUCACUAGUUUACUCCAAUUAGGGAAGGGAUGGUGGGGUUGGAAAGUAAUAAAGGGAAAUAUUUUUUUUUUGAAAGGAUGUGUAUGUAUAUAUAUAUAUGUAUGUAUAUGCGUAUAUGUAUGUAUGUGUAUGGAUGUCUAUGUACACUGCUCAAAAAAAUAAAGGGAACACUUAAACAACACAAUGUAACUCCAAGUCAAUCACACUUCUGUGAAAUCAAACUAUCCACUUAGGAAGCAACACUGAUUGACAAUACAUUUCACAUGCUGUUGUGCAAAUGGAAUAGACAACAGGUGGAAAUUAUAGGCAAUUAGCAAGACACCCCCAAUAAAGAAGUGGUUCUGCAGGUGGUGACCACAGACCACUUCUCAGUUCCUAUGCUUCCUGGCUGAUGUUUUGGUCACUUUUGAAUGCUGGCGGUGCUUUCACUCUAGUGGUAGCAUGAGACGGAGUCUACAACACACACAAGUGGCACAGGUAGUGCAGCUCAUCCAGGAUGGCACAUCAAUGCGAGCUGUGGCAAGAAGGUUUGCUGUGUCUGUCAGCGUAGUGUCCAGAGCAUGGAGGCGCUACCAGGAGACAGCCCAGUACAUCAGGAGACGUGGAGGAGGCCGUAGGAGGGCAACAACCCAGCAACAGGACCGCUACCUCCGCCUUUGUGCAAGGAGGAGCAGGAGGAGCACUGCCAGAGCCCUACAAAAUGACCUCCAGCAGGCCACAAAUGUGCAUGUGUCUGCUCAAACGGACAGAAACAGACUCCAUGAGGGUGGUAUGAGGGCCCGACGUCCACAGGUGUGGGUUGUGCUUUCAGCCCAACACCGUGCAGGACGUUUGGCAUUUGCCAGAGAACACCAAGAUUGGCAAAUUCGCCACUGGCGCCCUGUGCUCUUCACAGAUGAAAGCAGGUUCACACUGAGCACAUGUGACAAACGUGACAGAGUCUGGAGACGCCGUGGAGAACGUUCUGCUGCCUGCAACAUCCUCCAGCAUGACCGGUUUGGUGGUGGGUCAGUCUUGGUGUGGGGUGGCAUUUCUUUGGGGGGCCGCACAGCCCUCCAUGUGCUCGCCAGAGGUAGCCUGACUGCCAUUUGGUACCGAGAUGAGAUCCUCAGACCCCUUGUGAGACCAUAUGCUGGUGCGGUUGGCCCUGGGUUCCUCCUAAUGCAAGACAAUGCUAGACCUUAUGUGGCUGGAGUGUGUCAGCAGUUCCUGCAAGAGGAAGGCAUUGAUGCUAUGGACUGGCCCGCCCAUUCCCCAGACCUGAAUCCAAUUGAGCACAUCUGGGACAUCAUGUCUCGCUCCAUCCACCAACGCCACGUUGCACCACAGACUGUCCAGGAGUUGGCGGAUGCUUUAGUACAGGUCUGGGAGGAGAUCCCUCAGGAGACCAUCCGCCACCUCAUCAGAAGCAUGCCCAGGCGUUGUAGGGAGGUCAUACAGGCAUGUGGAGGCCACACACACUACUGAGCCUCAUUUUGACUUGUUUUAAGGACAUUACAUCAAAGUUGGAUCAGCCUGUAGUGUGGUUUUCCACUUUAAUUUUGAGGGUGACUCCAAAUCCAGACCUCCAUGGGUUGAUAAAUUUGAUUUCUAUUGAUCAUUUUUGUGUGAUUUUGUUGUCAGCACAUUCAACUAUGUAAAGAAAAAAGUAUUUAAUAAGAUUAUUUAAUUCAUUCAGAUCUAUGAUGUGUUGUUUAAGUGUUCCCUUUAUUUUUUUGAGCAGUGUAUAUAUAUAUAUAUAUAUAUAUAUAUAUAUAUAUAUAUAUAUAUAUAUGCGAGAGAAAAAAAACAUAUGGGGGAUUGAAUGUGAUGCAAUUACAUUGAUGGAAGUUACAAUCUAUCUGCAAUAAAAAAAAAAUUAUUAUUAUUUUUUUUUUUACGCAUUUCAUAAACCUUACUGUGGGAAAGUUGAUAUGUUGAUAUGCUUCAGUUUGCUGCCAAAUGACUGGUUUCACAUUUUUCUAGCAAUUAUAAGGUCAAAUAGAUCUAAAACAAGUGUAAUUUAUAUUUACAAUUCCCUUAUCCAAAUGGAUUACUCAUUUACCUAGCUCUUAUCAAUAGCUCUUAUCAAGUUGUAAAUUACAGUGCAUGGAUAAUGGUGUUAUUUCUAUUGGAAAAAAGUACACCUUAUUCAUGGUUUCCUCGCGCGUAAAGAUGGUGGAAUUAUUACGGAAUUAAGUCAAGGUCAGAAUAUCUGUAGACACAACUCCACCACACCUUCAUUUAUUCUAUCACCACCCCAAACGAAUAGCUGAUGAAUAGCAUGCCAUUCUCAUGCUUAAGUUCAAGGUCAGAAUAUGCAUAGAGAGAAAAGUGCAUAAAAAGGGAAUUAUGUUCCAUUUACACACACUUAACUCGGGUCGGAAUCCCCCCCUAGUGCUUUAAUACUGAUGGUCUGGUCCUCUCUCCCAGGUUUUAUCGGCCCCCGUGGAGACCUGGGUCAGCCCGGCUCAAAGGGUAAUCCUGGAACCCAAGGUCUCCCAGGUCAACAAGGUCGGAACGGGGAGCCAGGAGAGAAGGGACCUCACGGGGAGAUCUGGGGCGCGUCGACUGGACAACCUGGAGAAGUGGGUCUUCCUGGAGAGCAGGGACCAAAAGGAUUCAGCGGAGAACCUGGAAACGAGGGCUACCCAGGUGGGUACUAAUACAAUAACUUACCAGCGUACUGCAGGAUGAAAAACUACAAUUUCUCCACCUUUUCAAGAGUGGUUAUGUACAGUGCAUUCAGAAAGUAUUCAGACCCCUUCCCGUUUUCAACAUUUUGUUACAUUACAGCCUUAUUCUAAAAUUGAUCAAAUUGUAUUUUCCCCUCAUGCAUCUACACACAAUACCCCUUUUUUUUGUGCAAAUGUAUUAAAAAUAAAAAACAGAAAUACCUUAUUUAAGUAUUCAGACCCUUUGCUAAGAGACUCAAAAUUGAGCUCAGGUGCAUCCGGUUUCCAUUGAUCAUCCUUGAGAUGUUUCUACAACUUGAUUGGAGUCCACCUGUGGUAAAUUCAAUUGAUUGCACAUGAUUUGGAAAGGCACACACCUGUCUAUAUAAGGUCCCACAGUUGACAGUGCAGGUUUGCAGGUCCCCAAGAACACAGUGGCCUCCACCAUUCUUAAAUGGAAGAAGUUUGGAACCACCAAGACUCUUCCUAGAGCUGCCUGCCCAGCCAAACUGAGCAAUCGGGGGAGAAGGGCCUUGGUCAGGGAGGUGACCAAGAACCCGAUGGUCACACUAACAGAGCUCCAGAGUUCCUCUGUGGAGAUGGGAGAACCUUCCAGAAGGACAACCAUCUCUGCAGCACUCAACCAAACAGGCCUUUAUGGUAGAGUGGCCAGAAGGAAGCCACUCCUCAGUAAAAGGCACAUGACAACCCGCUUGGAGUUUGCCAAAAGGCACCUAAAGGACUCUCAGACCAUGAGAAACAAGAUUCUCUGGUCUGAUGAAACCAAGAUUGAACUAUUUGGCCUGAAUGCCAAGCGUCUCGUCUGGAGGAAAACUGGCACCAUCCUUACGGUGAAGCAUGGUGGUGGCAGCAUCAUGCUGUGGGGAUGUUUUUCAGCGGCAGGGACGGAGACUAGUCAGGAUCGAGGGAAAGAUGAAUGGAGCAAAGUACAGAGAGAUCCUUGAUGAAAACCUGCUCCAGAGCGCUCAGGACCUCAGACUGGGGCGAAGGUUUACCUUCCAACAGGACAACAACCCAAAGCACACAGCCAAGACAACGCAGGAGUGGCUUCGGGACAAGUCUCUGAAUGCCUUUGAGUCGCCCAGCCAGAGCCCGGACUUGAACCCGAUCAAACAUCUCUGGAGAGGCCUGAAAAUAGCUGUGCAGCGACGCUCCCCAUCCAACCUGACAGAGCUUGAGAGGAUCUGCAGAGAAGAAUGGGAGAAACUCCCCAAUACAGGUGUGCCAAGCUUGUAGCGUCAUACCCAAGAAGACUCGAGGCUGUAAUCGCUGCCAAAGGUGCUUCAACAAAGCACUGAGUAAAGGGUCUGAAUACUUAUGUAAAUGUGAUAUUUCCUAGUUUUUUAUUAUACAUUUGCAAAAAAUUCUAAAAACGUGUUUUUGCUUUGUCAGUAUGGGGUACUGUGUGUAGAUUGAUGAGGGGGGAAAAACAAUGAAAUCCAUUUUAGAAUAAGUCUGUAACGUAAUAAAAUGUGGAAAAAGUCAAGGGGUCUGAAUACUUUCCGAAUGCACUGUAUAGUUAUUGUAAUGGCCUCUCUCUGCCCCUCUCUCUCAGGGAUGGGUGGCAUGCCUGGGAUGAUUGGGUUCAAGGGCGACGUGGGUCCUUCAGGUCUGCAGGGGGAGAAAGGAAGACCGGGAGCUGCUGGGAUGUACGGCUGGCCAGGUGUACCCGGACAGGCUGGUGUCCCUGGACCAACAGGAAGCACUGGACAACCAGGUCAGACACACAACUGACUAACUUUUCUUUCUUAACUUGUUUCUGUUUGCUUUGAAGAUGAAGAACCUAAUACACUGUGUAUGUGUCUCUUCCAGGUUUGAGCGGAGACAGGGGUGAUCAGGGGGAUCCUGGCACCCCAGGGCCAAUAGGACUGAAGGGGACACCGGGGGAGUUUGGUAGUCUGGGUGCUGAGGGAAACACCGGAGAGCAGGGUGACCCCGGAGUGCCAGGACCUACAGGACACUCUGGUCUGCCAGGGUUCAAGGGUAACUUAUUAUACACAGUGGAGUCAUGUUCUGUCCAAUGUUCUGAUCACAUUCCACAUGUCAUUUUCUGAUGAAUAGUUGAUAUGAGGAUGUAAUGUCACCCUAGAGUUUUGCAGUGAGGAAUGAUGAAAUACACUGAGUAUACAAAACAUUAGGAACACCUGCUCUUUCCAUGACAUAGACUGACCAGGUGAAUACAGGUGAAAGCUAUGAUCCCUUAUUGAUGUCACCUAUUAAAUCCACUUCAAUUAGUGUAGAUGAAGGGGAGGAGACAGGUUAAAGAAGGAUUUUUAAACCUUGAUACACUUGAGACAUGGAUUGUGUAUGUGUGCCAUUCAUAGGGUGAAUGGGCAAAACAAAAUAUUUAAGUGCCUUUGAACGGGGUAUGGUAGUAGGUGCCAGGGGCACCAGUUUCAGUGUGUCAAGAACUGCAACGCUGCUGGGGUUUUCACGCUCAACAGUUUCCCGUGUGUUUCAAGAAUGGUCCACCACCCAAAGAAUAUCCAGCUAACUUGACACAACUGUGGGAAGCAUUGGAGUCAACAUGGGCCAACAUUGUAGAGUCUAUGCCCCAACAAAUUUAGGCUGUUCUGAGGUCAAAAGGUGGUGCAACUCAAUAUUAGGAAGGUGUUCUUAAUGUUUGGUAUAUUCAGUGUAUAUCAUAACCAGAUGCUGCUGUGAGGACAUUCCUCCUGACCUGUGAUGUCACUUCCUGUUCCAGGUAUCAAAGGUUCUCGUGGCAUGUCAGGGUUUGGAGGACAGCCCGGUGAGUCGGGCCUGAAGGGCUUCUCUGGACAGAAAGGAGAGACUGGCAUUCCCGGCGAAUUUGGACAGAAAGGAAACAUGGGCUACUAUGGUUCAAAGGGUGAGACUGAACAGCUGUUAGAAUUGUGUGUGUUUCUGUGCUCCACUGCUCUCUUUCCCUGUCCCUCGCUUUCUCUUUAGAUCCUUCUAUCUGAUUUGACACUCACUCUCACCCCCGCUGUCUCCUAGGUGACCGUGGUCUGAGGGGUCCAACUGGCGAGAAGCCCCACAUCCCUCGUCAGAUCAUCAAAGACAUGAAGGGGACAAAGGGAGAAGAUGGAAUCCCAGGGCAGAUCGGAUUCACUGGACCCAGAGGUGAGUAGGGAUAUUCAGGCUUCAUGUCCUCCCAAUCCCCCUCUCUUCUUUAUUCACAUACUGUCCUCCUCAGCCUCCUUUUCAUUUAUCUCAUUCUGAUCCCCUCUUUACCUUCCCUCUCACUCUUCUACAGGUCCUAAAGGUUUUCCCGGUGUUCCGGGAAUGGAGGGUUACCACGGCGUUCCCGGAGACCCCAGCGAUGAGAAGGGUUUCCCAGGCAACCCAGGAGCGCAGGGACUUCCGGGGCCAAAAGGAAUGCCGGGUCCAACCGGAUCAAACGGAAUCAGUGGCUUUCCCGGGAUGUCUGGUCACAGGGUGAGACCAUGUUGUCUGGUUUCCAUUGUGUCUCUGCUGCAGCCAGCACCUGUAGUUAUCAUGCUAAACAUGUUCAACAACCAGGUUAGAACAGACUCUCUGUCCGAUCUAAUGCUGUAUCUCUAUAGCACUAUUGGGUGAUCUGAAAAGUCAUAGUCAAUCGAUCAAUAAUGUAAUAAUACUUUUAGCAAAAAUGUUUAUUUUAAAUUUACAAUCUGUAGAAACAAUGAGAACUUUUGUGAAACAUCACAGUACAGUUGAGAAAUAUAUGGCAAGUAGAAAUCCAAUAUGGAUGGUGUUAAGAGAUAGAUGGGAGGGGUUGAAUGGAGCUGGUUGGGGCUAAUAACAACAAAAUAACUAAUGUAAAACAUACUGUGUCCAUAAUAAGUAUAUAGGUUGAGAACUUUUGUGAAAGAGCACAGUUUAGGGGAUAUGGCAUGUAGAGGCAAACCAGAUGGACAUCAUGAAAAUGAUCAGAGAAGUUGAGGGUAGAGGAAAAUUGGUUGUGUCCAUACAAUGUAUAUAGUAUGUAUAAGCUGGAAGUAGAGGCCUAAGCAUUGUUAUUCACUAGUUUACUCCAAUUAGGGGAGGGGUGGUGGGGUUCGAAAGUAAUAAAGGAAAAUAACAUUUUAAAAAGGGUAUAUAUAUGUAUGUAUGUAUGUAUGUGUAUGUAUGUGUAUGUAUAUAUAAUUUAUAUAGAUAUAUAUAUAUAUAUUUGCGAGAAAAAAACAUAUGGGGGAUUGGAAGUGAUGCAGACAAUUACAUUGAUGGAAAUUACAAUCUAUCUACAAUAUUAACGCUGAUCUACCCCCCCCCAAAAAAAUUUGCAAAUAAAUGCUGUAUCUCUAUGUGUGUGUUUUUCAGGGGGAUAAAGGUAACCCCGGUGCCUACGGAUCCUCAGGAGAUCCAGGAGUGAAGGGUGUCAAAGGUAUGACGCCCCCUGUCUGUCCCAAAACUCAUGGAUAAGUACAGUACCGUAGACGCCAGUAGUCAUCCAAACUCCACUUUCCAGCAGUUUCAACUCAGUUAAAUCUUGUCUUGUUAAGCACUUGGACUUGAAGCAAAAGUCCCAGGCCUAUUUAACAGUUCCACAGAAGAAAGAAUGAGUCGUAAAAGGUACUCGCUGAAAUACGUGUCACUGUUUCCUUUUCCAGGUGAGGGGGGUGACGUAAUCGACAUGCCCGGAUCCACAGGACUGAGGGGGGAGGAUGGUUUCCCUGGGGUUUCAGGUGAGUCACUCAUUGAGGCUGGCUUCCUUCAUUUGCACUAGGAACCACAGAUGUUGUAUCUUUAUUUGAUCACUCUGUUGUCGCAGGAAAUUCAAAUGAUCCUCUUUACAUAAAUUCACUGAAAACCCGCAGUUCUCUUUCUCUCACUAGAUAUCACACCUAAACUAUAGCCUACUGUAGCUUAUCAAAACUAAUUUCCUGUUAGAAAUUAUCACUUUUUUGAUAUACAUAUAAUCAAAUCAUCCUGCUUCAGGAUUAUUUUACUCCUGCUACAAAACUGGUCAAAUUAAGAUCCUACAUCUGCAUGGACUAAUGAGAGCAAAUACCUGGUAGGCCUCCACCAUAUUGCUUUUACCUAUUCUAUGUUCUCAGAUCAGUGCAGAUUAAGAAAAUGAGUCUAUGUAAGAUGCUCUCUGAGAAGUGUUACCAUGGUAACAGUGUUCCUGAUGCUCUCUGUCUCUCCCUACAGGUCAGAAGGGCUACAUUGGGAUUCCGGGAGACAGGGGCGGUGGAGGUUUCCAUGGUAUCGAGGGCAUGAAGGGGGGGCCAGGUGAACCUGGCACAGGAGGACCUAUAGGUAAGAGACUUGACUUCCUGCCCUGUUGCUCACAUUAUUAGAAUGAGUGUCAUUCAUUGCCUGUGUCUGACUGUUACCAGUCUGACUCUCUGUGGUUGUUGUCUCCAGGAUCUGAUGGUCAACAAGGGUUUCCAGGCAACCAGGGUACGAAGGGAUGGCCUGGGGUCCCCGGAGAAUCAGGCACACAUGGACAACCAGGUUUCCCCGGACAGAGAGGUACACACACACACACACAUGGGUGUGCACACACAAAACCUUUGCCUUACCACUGUGUUUGAUCUGCUCCUCUCUGCAGGUUUCCCUGGACUAAAGGGUAUAUUCGGACUGGAUGGGCUGAAGGGUCAGAAGGGCAUCCCUGGACUUCCAGGUCAGGAUAACUUUGGAACCCCAGGUGACCCCGGUUCUAAGGGAGCGAGGGGAGAGACAGGUAUACCCAACUCCGAGGUCGGGACACCAGGAUCGCUGGGUUUGAAGGGAGUUCAAGGACAACCAGGUUAGUCACUGCUCCUAAAGAAACAUUGCAUCUUUUUGUUACAAAAUUUGGAGGACAUUUUGUGUUUUAUAGUGUCUAAGACCUCCCUCUUCUCUUCUUGUCUUCCUCUUCUCUUCUUGUCCUCAGGUGACCAGGGCCAGGUGGGACCCCCAGGGUUUCCGGGCCCCCAAGGGCCACAGGGCACCUCAGACAGACCCGGACCAUCAGGAGACCCUGGCUUCCCUGGACCCAAAGGACAGUCAGGUGGAGUAGACAAUGACGGAGUGGAAUGUGUAGAUUUAGAGUAGAUUAACUGACUUGAGUAUUUAUCCUCUGGGAUGUGUUGUGUGUGAAGUGUUUUGUGUGUUAAUAAUGCUUGUUCUGUUUUGCAGGUUUCCCUGGGACCCGUGGUUUCCCUGGUGAGCCCUCUCCGUACGGAGAGAAGGGUUUAGCUGGCCAGUAUGGCUUCCCUGGAUUCCCUGGUCUGAAAGGAAAGCAGGGGGAUCAGGGACCAUCAGGAUACAAAGGACAGAGCGGAGUGUCUGGGAAGAAAGGUACGGAUCAUACACUCUUAGAACAAAAGGUGCUAUCUAGAACCGGCUGUCCCCGUAGGAUAACAAAACCAAAUUCUGGAUUGUGUUUUGGAAUUCCAAAAUGUAGGAAUUCCUACAUGGAACCAAAAUGGGUUAUCCUAUGGGGACAGCCAAAGAACCCUUUUGGAACCCCUUUUUCACAAGAGUGUAUGGUUAUAGGAUAGAGGAGAAAUUCCAAAAUACAAUCCAGAAUGAUGUUUUGUUAUCCAUUUUAGAUGGCUGUCUGUUUGACUUUUGACAGGCAGGGAAUGUUGAGCUGUUUAACUUGGCACUGAAACAGUAAAAGUAACAGCCAUGUCUUUUGUCUCAAAGGUGUGAAGGGAGAUCAAGGGAUGAUGGGAAUUCCUGGUAGGUCUGGUUUCCAAGGAGACCGAGGUCCUUCCGGCCCAAAAGGAAAUACUGGACUCACAGGUAAUGAUGUCAUCUCCCUCUGUUUGGUAUCACUCUGCACAUUACUAUAAUUCACCUGAAAAUCACCUACAUUAUCAUGGAAGUUGCCUGUUUCGCACGUACAAUCUGUGUGUUGCCUGGUCUGGACCUGCAGGUUAUCCAGGAGCCCCAGGUAACCAGGGCCCAGCCCCACUACCCCCCAGGAUGCCAGGAGAGAGGGGUGCUCCAGGUCCUCAGGGCAUCCAAGGACCAGAGGGUGUACGAGGGGAGACCGGCCCGAAAGGACCCCCUGGAGAUCCAGGUAGGAUAAUCUCAAUUGUUACUGUGUUACAGUGUUGUAUACUUGUCAAUAUAAAAUACUGUUCUAUAUACAAUUGCUUCUGUGGGAUUGGCUAACUUUUCUCUGACCUUUCUUUCCCCAUUUUCCUACUUCCUUACCCCUAUUCCCCAUCUCCCCUCCCUCCUCCAGGCUACUUCGGACCCCAGGGGCAGAAGGGGAUGCCAGGGCUGGGUGGCAGACCAGGUACCCCUGGGUACCGUGGGAAUGUUGGAGGGAGGGGCCAUCUUGGUCUGCAGGGCGUGGAAGGUAGGUACAGUAUGGCAGGCGUGCCAGGGCGACAAGGCAUAUUAGAAUUACAGCACUUAGUUCUGUAAUUAGCUUACUGAUAAAGGGUCUGAAAUUGAAUUAAAUCCUGUAUUCCAUUUAGUUUUCAUGGUGGUGCAAUUUAUUAGACCUGAAAGUGUUAUGUAUUUAAUGUAAAUUAAUUUUAACACACAAACAUUUAGGGAAAAAAAACAUUGCACAUAAUUUUAACAUUACACACAGAUGCAUUUAAACCUCUCUCUCUCUAACCCCUAGGUCACCGUGGUAACCCAGGUACUACAGGGUUGCCUGGCAUGCCGGGCCGCAGUGUGAGCGUGGGAUACCUGCUGGUGAAGCACAGCCAAUCAGAGCAGACCCCCAUGUGCCCCGUGGGCAUGUCGAAGCUGUGGGACGGCUACAGUCUGCUGUACUUCGAGGGCCAGGAGAAAGCCCACAACCAGGACCUAGGUGAGAAAGAGAUAAGAAAAACUAAAAGACAGGAAAUUCAAAUAAACACCACACCAUUAUUGGGUUGUACUCGUAUCUAUUCAGAUUUGAUUGGAUUGGCAGAUAGAACAAAGUAAGGAUGUCUCAAGUUUGUCUGUAGUGACUGUAGCUCAGUGUCAUAAUUAUAUAUGAAUACAUUUAUUGCUUAAUUGCUUAAUUGGUUGAUUGAAUUGAUCUGUUGAUCCCAGGUCUGGCGGGCUCCUGCCUCCCUCGUUUCAACACCAUGCCCUUCCUGUACUGCAACCCUGGAGACGUCUGCUACUACGCCAGCCGCAACGACAAAUCCUAUUGGCUGUCCACCACCGCGCCCCUUCCCAUGAUGCCCGUGGAGGAAGGUGAGAUCAAACCCUACAUCAGCCGCUGCUCUGUGUGCGAAGCUCCGUCCGUCGCCAUCGCCGUGCACAGCCAGGAUAUCACCAUCCCACAAUGCCCUGCUGGCUGGCGCAGCUUGUGGAUUGGCUACUCCUUCCUCAUGGUGAGUCUUUCCUUCCUGUUCUACACAAUCUAAAGUGCCCUCCUCUCCUUGUCUGUUUCUUCAUCUCUACUAAUCUGAAAGCAAUAUGAUUGAAGCCUACUGGGAAUUUGCUUUAAUCUGUUCAACUCUUUCACGUCAUGGGAAUGUAAAUGGCGUAGGUAGGAGGUUGAAUAAGACAUUCAUAUCAGUGUUCAUACAACCUCUCUUAUCCCUCCCUCUCCCCACAGCACACGGCAGCAGGUGACGAGGGUGGUGGUCAGUCUCUGUCGUCCCCUGGUUCCUGUCUGGAGGACUUCCGUACCACGCCCUUCAUUGAGUGUAACGGGGCCAAGGGCACCUGCCACUACUUUGCCAACAAACACAGCUUCUGGCUCACCUCCAUCGAAGAGUCCUUCCAUGCCGAGCCUGCCUCAGAGACCCUGAAAGCAGGCCAACUCCUCUCACGCAUCAGCCGUUGUCAGGUCUGCAUGAAGAACCUGUGACCUGCCUCACCCUAAAUCCCCGUUGACCCUGUGAUGUCAUUUCCUGUGACCAUACCCCCCUGCCAAACACAAUUCAGGAAGUAAUUGCCUUUGGCCUUAGGCACAGAUCUAGCUUACCCUCCUCAAUUCCUAACUUAAGCCAUGAAGGGGAAACGCAAAACUAACCUUAGAUCAGCGUCUAUGGGGCAGCUUCAUCCUAAUCCCCCGAACUCUGGCUUGGGAGGACUGAAGGACUGUGUGAACACUUCAAGUGGAGAGCAAGUGUCCUGUGUUAAGAAAAAAAUCCCUGCCAUAAAGUCAACAGCGAUAUGAAAUAUACAUGUAAAUGCUGUUUUUAAUUGUUUGUCCUAUUUGAUAUGGUGCUUUCUCUCUAACUUAUUACCUCAGCUAUAAUUAUACACCAAACAUGUUUAACUGACCAUACCAAGAACAUACAGCUGAAACAACCAAAGAUGCCCGUGUGUACGCACUGCUUAAGUUAUUAAUCAAUCAAAUUAUUGAUUAAAUUGAUUGCGUGUGUGUACUGCUUCAGUUAUUACAUUUUUAAAAGUGUGUUUGUUUUAUUCAGGUAUAAGUGCCAAAGCCACUUCACUAAUACUGACCCUCAACCAAUUGUAAAUGAUGAGGUUUAGUUGAGGGUUUUGCUCUUAACAUUCAGUAUUAUUCUGCUUUACAUCAAGUGUUCGCACAUAACAUAACAGCCACUGUGCACUGUUGCUUAUGUAUGUUAGCUAUAUAUAUAUAUCACUGUUUAUGUAUCAAUAUAUUUUACAUUCACACAUUGCUUUGAUCACAAAAUGCACUGAUUUACCUUUUUAUAUUUAUAUCCGCUGAAUGAACUUGAUUCUCAUUUUACUCAUAACUAAAAACAUAUUAGUUUGAUUUUGUUUUACCAUUGACACUAAUUAUUGACAUCACAUUUUCAUAUGAACAGUCAGCUCAGUCUCAGCUGGAAUCAAGCCAGCACAGAAAUGCAAACAACUCUGUCGAAAGUCUGAGCCGUGAGGACUGGUUGGACCAAAUCUGGUCAGCAAUCCCUUCUCCAGAGCAUGUAUUUGUUUAUCACAUUCUAGAUCCUAGGAAGUAGUCCAUGUUGAAAUCGGCCAUUAAAAGAAUAACACCAGUUUUAUAUUGUACAUUUCCAACCACUUCAGAUUAACAGAUUCAUUUGGCCAUUUGUUCGAUGUAAUUAUGUUGAAUACCAUUAGGUGCUAUGAAUCCAUAGAAAUGUAUUGUAAUGGAGUCAUAACAAAAAUACAAAUGUUUUGUUUGUUAUACUUCUGUUGAAUUUGCAUUGACGUUCACACCUCAGCUCAAACUACAUCACACGGUUUCAAAAUGAGAAUCUUUAUUAUCGUAUAAUCUUUGAAAAUAUCAAGCACGUUUAAAAUGUGUUUUACAUAUAAUGCACAGUGUCCAGAGUAGAUUAGGUGCAAAUGACAUAAAAAGGAAUUAAUAAAAAAAAUUAACAUGCAACAGAACAUGCAAACAAAGUGGAUUGUUAAACAUACAUUUAAAACAUCCGUACAAUAUGAUUUAUUUUCACAAUUCAGUGUGCCCACCCUGGUAGUCGAACAAUUUGUGGUGUUGAACAACGGCAUCUGUGACAUUCUCAUUCAAGAAAUUAAAAAUAUUAAUCUGUGAUUGAUUUCUAAACAGUUUUGCCUGUGUACCUGUAGCCCAUUUACCAACUACACACACAUUUUGGCCUGAACUCAAUUCCGUGCACAUCAGAACCUCAGAAAUCCAAGUACUCCUUACUCCAUCUCUCCAGAACAGUCCUCGGCAUCUCAUUGGAAGAAUAAUGAACCAGCUUGUUUUGAUUAUGAGUUUGAUUGAUUGAAAGUGUGUAUGUAUCAAACGGUCAACGCUGACAAAUCUUAGAAUCUCUUGGGAGACCAAUAUGGAGAUGGCAUGAAAACUCCUUCAGACUUCACGAUCAGUCUAAAACUCGGUAGUCCCUAGCAACAGGCGGUCCUGGGCCGUUUGCCUGCCCCGCUGCACUCAUCCAGGUCCACGGUGGGU